AUGGAGCACAGAGAUUACCAUAGGCUGAAGAAGAGCAUAGGCCAGUGCAGCCACAUGACUGAAUUGUGCAGUUCAGACUUACAGCAAGCAUUACUCCACCGAGAUGCGGACAAGGAUGGCAUCGCGCACGCCGCAGAUGCGUCCAGCCUUGGAGAAGGCCCAAGAGAUAGAUUAAAGGACGCUGACACAGGUUGGAUGCAAGAGACAAGGUCACCACAUUGGAAGGGAGUGGAAGCACCCACCUGGUUGUUGGUGAUCGGAGGAGAGGAGCACAGCAACAUGUUCCAGCAGCAGCUUCAGGAGGACGUGCUGUCGUCGGCGACGUCGUCGCCGGCGUCCACGCUGUACUCGCCGACGCCGUAUCCUGCCACCGGGACGUGGGUGCAGGAGCUGAGCUCGGACCAGUGCAGCGUGCGGCUCAUCAGCCUGCUUUACCAGUGCGCCUCCGAGGUGGCGGCGGGGGCCUUCGACCGCGCCAACCUCUGCCUGGAGCACAUCAUGCAGCUCGCGUCGCUUGACGCGCCGCACACGCUGCAGCGCCUCGCCGCCGUCUUCGCCGACGCGCUGGCCCGGAAGCUGCUCAACCUCGUGCCGGGCCUGUCGCGGGCGCUCCUGUCGGCGUCGGCCUCCGCCGACACGCACCUCGUCCCGGCCGCGCGCCGCAGCAUGUUCGACAUGCUCCCGUUCCUGAAGCUCGCGUACCUGACCACCAACCACGCCAUCCUGGAGGCGAUGGAGGGCGAGCGGUUCGUGCACAUCGUCGACCUCUCCGGCCCGGCCGCCAACGCCGCGCAGUGGAUCGCGCUGUUCCACGCGUUCCGCGGCCGGAGCGAGGGCACGCCGCACCUCCGCAUCACCGCCGUCCACGAGAGCAAGGAGUUCCUUGCCGGCAUGUCCGCGGUGCUGGCCAGGGAGGCCGAGGCGUUCGACAUCCCGUUCCAGUUCGACGCCGUGGAGGCUAAGCUCGAGGACAUGGACUUCGACGCGCUCCGGCACAACCUCCGCGUCAGGUCAGGCGAGGCGCUCGCCGUGAGCGUCGCGCUGCAGCUGCACCGCCUUCUCGCAGCAGACGACGCCGGCGGCGGCAGGAGGUACUGCGGCGCGGGCGGCCUUACCCCGCUCCAGAUCAUCGCGCGCUCCAGCCCGAGCAGCUUCGGGGAGCUCCUGGAGAGGGAUUUAAACACGCGGUUGCAGCUGAGCCCGGACGCGUCCGGGCUCUCGCCCCAGUCACCCAUGUUCUCCCCGGCGGGGCAGGGAAGGCCGAAGCUGGGAUCGUUCCUGUCCGCGGUGAAGGCGCUGUGUCCCAAGAUCAUGGUGGUGACGGAGCAAGAGGCGAACCACAACGGCGCGUUGUUCCACGAGAGGUUCGACGAGGCGCUCAACUACUACGGGUCGCUGUUUGACUGCCUGGAGUGUGCGGCGGCGGCGGCGCACCGGGGCAGCGCCGCGGAGGAGCGGGCACGAGUGGAGCGGGCGGUGCUCGGCGAGGAGAUCAGGAGCAUCGUGGCGUACGAGGGCGGAGAGCGGAAGGAGCGGCACGAGCGAGCGCGGCAGUGGGCCGGCAGGAUGGAGGCGGCCGGAAUGGAGCGGGUGGGGCUGAGCUACAGCGGCAUGAUGGAGGCAAGGAAGCUGCUGCAGAGCUGCGGGCGGGGCGGGUCGUACGAGGUGAGACACGACGCCGAGGGCCAUUGCUUCUUCUUCUGCUGGCACAAGAAGCCGCUCUACGCCGUCUCAGCAUGGAGGCCGGCCGGUGCAGGGUAUCACCACGCCGGCGGCGCAAGGUCCAGAUGAGAGCUUGUGAGCCGUGACUGUCGAUCGACUCGGGCGCUGCUCUGUUUGCAGUGUAUCUCGUGCCGUAUGUGUCAAUGUGUGUUCUA